AGAGAAAGUUAAAACGAAAGAAAGGAAAGACAACUCUAAACACUACACUCUGAAGUUCCCCUUCCUAAAACCCUAAACCCUCAAUAAAGCCUGAAAUUCUCCUCCAAAGUUGAAACACACAGAAAAUUGACGAUGCCAAAACUACCAGACCACCUCGAGUUGAAGCGCACUCGCGUCUCCUGCAAAUUGGAUGCUCCUAAUGAUACGGAGUCAGUUCUAUACUCUGGAGCUUACGCUUCUUUAGGCGUCGAUAAUUCCAGCUUAGAGAGUUUCUUUAAGGACUUUAAAGUCGUAAUUAAUCGUCUUACUGAGGAUGAAAUUGAGUUUGAUAUGAUUGGUAUUGAUGCUGCUUUGGCGAAUGCUUUUCGCCGAAUUCUUAUUUCUGAGGUUCCUACAAUGGCCAUCGAGAAGGUUCUUAUAGCAAAAAACACAUCAGUGGUUCAGGAUGAGGUUCUAUCCCACAGAUUGGGGCUUAUUCCCUUGAGAGUUGACCCAAGGCUAUUUUCUUACAAGUCAGAAAAGGAUGAGCCAAAUGAGAAAAAUACCAUUGUCUUUGGACUUCAUGCGCAUUGUAAACGAGGUGGACCAAGAUGUACAGUCAAGUCUGAAGAACUGAAAUGGCAGCCAAAUGGGAGUAUGUUUGCACUAGAGUUAGAAAACAAGGGUUCAAGUUCAACCACAGCACCCAAAACUUAUACAAAUUUUAAGUCUAACCAGGACAUGCAGCCCGAAUUAUCUGAAAACCCAAUUCACUCCAAAUAUCCCGAUAUCACGAUUGCUAGGCUUGGCCCAGGACAGGAAAUUGAACUUGAAGCACAUGCUGUUAAAGGUGUUGGUAAAGAACAUGCAAAGUGGUCCCCAGUUGCUACUGCUUGGUAUCGGAUGCUUCCUGAGGUUGUUCUCUUGAAAGAUGUAUAUGAUGUGGAUGCAGAAAAGCUGGUAAAAAAAUGUCCAGCCAACGUUUUUGACAUAGAAGACACUCCAACCGGUAGAAGAGCAACAGCCCCACGACCACGGGCCUGCACCCUUUGCAUGGAAUGCAUUCGAGAGGAAGGAUGGGACGAGAUUUUGGCAUUGCGACGCAAGAAAGAUCAUUUCAUAUUCACUAUUGAAGCGACCGGAGCACUGCCCCCCGAGGUGCUAUUUACUGAAGCUGUGAAGGUCUUAGAAGACAAGUGUGAGCGUAUUAUUACCGAACUUUCAUAAUACAGCGUUUCUUGAAUCCAUGAAUCGGAGCAUUGGUUGUCAAAAUAUAAUGCUUUAUAAGAGAAAUCAUUAUUCAACCCCAUUGAUGAGUCUUACGAGGACAAUUGCUAUUUCAUCCCAGAAUCAAUUCAGUGUCCAGAAAACCAGGAAAUUAGCUGUGCAAAAGGAUCUUUUAUGGUGGUUGUACAUAUAUAUAUUUCUCAGCCAAAUUUGUUCCGAUCAGCACUCAGCAGAACAAUUAGGAAUUGUUAAGGGCCGACGUUUUGGGUCGAUUUUGUGUGGCUUUCUUGUCAAAACAAGAGCUAGUUCCUUGCUUGUAAUAUGGUAACAUUUUACUGAUGUUGGGAACAAUAUAUGCACUUGAUUAGCAUUUUUUUUUUGACUUGAAACUUAACCUUUAUUUAGAGGUUCUUUGGGUUUCACAUCCAAAAGAUGGUUUUACUCCACGCAUGUGCCUUUCCUUUGAAGCCAUUAUUAUUAUUCUUGGCUAGGUGCUUUGCUCCGUAGCCCUUGACUUGA